AUGUGGAAAUUCACGUUGCUCGUUUUCUUGCAAUAUCAACUAGUUGCUGCAUCAGCAGUUAUACUUUUGAGUCCUGCCAUGCAGAAGUCUGCAGUGUUUCAGUUUAAGCUAAGCAUGGCAAUUAGUGCUCCUUCAAGUUGUAAUUAUGGGAUUUUUUCGCAUCCAAAGACGAUGAACUGGAGCAUGAGUACUGACUACUGCACAUGGGAGGGAGUUACCUGUGACGACAAGGCGAGAAAUGUAAUAGGCCUUGAUCUAAGUUGCAGUCAGCUGGUAGGAGCCAUACUUCCAAACAACACCCUUUUCCAGCUCUCUCAUCUCCAGUUCCUCGACCUUUCGUGGAAUGAUUUUUCCCUUUCCAACCAGUUCCCUCAAGAAUUCGGUUUCUUUGCUACAGGUUUGGAGCAUCUCAACCUCUCACAUACUAGAAUUCCGGGGAGAGUUCCCUCAGGAAUCUCUCAUUUGUAUAAACUGGUCUCACUUGAUCUCUCUAGGCUUUAUAAUAGUAAUCUUGAUGAUCAAGUGUUCAAAUUACUUCUGCAGAAUUUAACUCAGCUACAAGUAAUUAAUCUUGAGUGGGUUAACAUCUCCUCUGUUGUGCCCGUGAAUUUGUCCACUUCUCUUAGAGUUCUCAACCUCUACAAUGCUGGUUUAUACGGAGUAUUACCCCGAGAGGUUUUCCAUCUCCCUAACUUGGAAGUGCUAGAUUUGUCGUUGAAUAGCAACCUCACUGCUAUAUUACCUGAUACAAAAUGGGGAAGUAGCGGUAGCCUCCAAAACCUUCAUCUUUUAGACAUAAAUGUGUACGGAGGUAUACCUGAUUCAAUAGGCUUUCUCGGGUCAUUAGCCACCUUGAGUCUCGUAGCUUGUAAUUUGUCUGGGCCGAUACCAAGAUCCAUAGGAAACCUUAGCCAACUGACUGACUUGCAACUUGGGGGCAACAAUCUCAUCGGCCAAAUUCCAGAAGUUUUAGCAAACCAUACUAACCUUAGAAGUCUUGACCUCUCGUAUAACAGUCUCAGUGGUCCGGUCCCCUCUUGGUUGUUUAACCUAACAUCAUUAGAAAGCUUGGGUAUAAAUUAUAAUCGGCUCACAGGUGAACUACAUGAAUUUGAUUCCUCAAAGUUGGUGCUCAGAGUUUUUUCUUGUGGAAACAAUUUAUUGUUUGGAUCCAUUCCACAAUCAUUUUCUCAACUCGUGAACUUAACUCAACUAGACUUUUCGUCUAACAAUUUCAGUGGUGAUCUGGAUUUAGCAAUGUUUUCAGACCUUGUAGACCUCAAAUAUCUUGAUCUUUCUCACAACAGUCUAUCGGUGAGAAGUACAAGUAUGGCAACACUCCCUCCGAAGCUUUACUACUUGGGCUUGUCAUCUUGCAAGAUGAAAGAGUUUCCACAUAUCUCUGAAAAUGUAGAGUACUUCGUGUACUUAGAUUUAUCAAACAAUCAAAUCGAUGGGGAAAUUCCUCGUUGGAUUGGGACAACAGACUGGCUUCUAUUUCCCUAUGUUAAUCUUUCUCACAACCACCUAAUAGGUGGCCUUGAGCAUUUACCUUGGAAUACUAUUUGGCAUCUUGAUCUCCAGUCCAACAUGCUCAAUGGAUCAUUGCCCAGUCUGAUCUGUAAUUCUACCUCUCUUCGGAUUCUAAAUUUGUCUUAUAACAAGUUGAGUGGUGUGCUCCCCAUUUGUCAAACAAAUUUGACGAGGCUUACAGUGUUUGAUCUGCGGAUGAAUAACCUUCAGGGAAACAUUCCAGCAACCUUAUCAAAUUUCCGUUCUCUGAACACCAUAAAUUUGAAUGGAAACAAUUUAGAAGGAAGAAUUCCUUCUUCUUUUUCUGAAUUUGGUUCUUUAGAAGUUCUUGAUCUUGGAAGGAACCAAAUCAAUGAUACAUUCCCUCAGUGUUUGGAAGCUCUCCCAAAUCUCCAAGUUCUUGUUCUGAAAUCAAAUAAGUUUCAUGGUCAUAUAAACCAGAGUUCUAUGAUCAAACACCCGUUUCCUAGCUUGAGAAUCAUUGAUCUAUCGUACAAUGAGUUUUCAGGCCCACUGCCAACAAUGUACUUUGAAAACUUCGUGGCUAUGAUGAACGGAUCCGUGGAUGAAACUUAUCCCACAUACAUGGGUGAGUACUAUUACAAAGAUUCAACAGGUCUAGUGAUUAAAGGAGCAGAGAUUAAGUUGGAAAGAAUUUUAACUAUUUUUACAACUAUUGAUGUAUCAAGAAACAAUUUUACAGGGGAUAUAGUUGAAUCCAUUGGAAAUCUAGUGUCACUCAGAUUUCUUAAUAUUUCUCACAAUCAACUCACAGGCCACAUACCAUCCUCGAUUGGAAAAUUGUCAAAGCUGGAGUCACUAGACCUCUCACUCAACCAGCUUGAAGGAGAAAUUCCGCAACAACUCACUGGUAUAUAUACACUUGCACGUCUGAAUCUGUCCUGCAACCAACUUACAGGUCAUAUUCCACAAGGUUCUCAAUUCAAUACAUUUGAAAAUGAUAGCUAUGUUGGUAACUUGGGGCUGUGCGGAUAUCCCUUGUCCAAAAAAUGUGAAAAAUACCCUAGGACCCAAGGAGAAGAAGUAAAUGAGGAUGAUGAUUACUUUUUUAGCGGUUUUACUUGGGAAGCAGUGGUGAUUGGAUACGGCUGUGGAGUGGUGCCUGCAUUCAUCAUCGGAUACUUUAUGUUGCUUGCAGGAAAACCGAAAUGGUAUGCUGGAAUCAUUGCCAGUGAAUUGGGCCUCAAGAUCAGGAGGGUGGAGAUUAAAUGGCGAUAA